AUGUCCUUCGUCAAAAGAAACACCGUCCUAUCCUCACCAAGAGCCGGACUCUCGCCGUCCGCUCCCCAGCAGCAACAACCCAAACAGGAAACGCAGCUUGCGCCGGGUCUUCGACCAUCACCAACCGAUGGCAGGUUGACCACUUCAACUGGCACUGCUUCCCUGGACCAACUUCUUGCAGGACACGGUGGACUCCCCUUGGGAACAUGCUUACUGGUUGAGGAGCAAGGGACCACCGACUUUUCUGGAAUUCUUCUACGGUACUAUGCUGCCGAGGGUCUCGUCCAAGGGCAUCAGGUUCACGCAGUAGCCUUCCCGCCCGAAUGGAGGCAUCAGCUCCCAGGGUUGGCUUCACCUGACAAGAAGUCAAAGAGUGCAUCACCGGCGCUAGCACCCGAAGAGAAGAUGAAGAUUGCGUGGAGAUAUGAGUCUUUGGGUAACAACGCCAAUGCAGGAGCUUCUACUCGUGGGGAUUCUGGAGCGCCUUUCUGUCACUCCUUCGAUCUCAGCAAGAGGCUUGCAAGCUCCGAGUCCAAGGGUACUUUGAACCCGAUUUCAGUUGGCGGUGCCCCGAGCCUAGACCGGAAAAGUGUUGGGACAGCUUCUCCUCUGAAGAUGAUUCUCAAGCAAUUGCGGGCCAAGUUGGAGAGCUCAGGAUCAAACGCCAUUCAUAGACUGGUGGUGCCCAGUCUCCUCUCACCAACCCUCUAUCCUCCUGGAUGCGCCCAACCAUCAGAGGUUCUACAGUUUCUACAUGGGCUCCGGGCUCUCCUUCGACUGUACAGCACCCAGCUCACAGCAAUCAUUACCUUCCCGACGUCCUUAUUCCCUCGCAGUUCAGGCCUGGUCCGGUGGAUAGAGAUUCUUUGUGACGGCGUCGUCGAGCUCAUCCCCUUACCUGCCAGGCUAGGUGCCGCGCCACCGCCGCCCUCAGGGUCGGAUCCCAAGGCAAACGAGCAACCCCAGGGUAUGUUCAAAGUAUACACACUGCCUGUGUAUCAUGAGAAGGGUGGUGGAGGAGCAGAGUCGGGCCAAUUCCGUGAGAACCUGUCAUUCAGCUUGAGCGCAUCCAAGGGCUUGGUGAUCAAACCGUACAGUCUCCCGCCUAUGCUCGAGGAUGAGCAGGAGAAGCCCUCAGCUGCUCCAAAGAAGGAUGGGCUCGAUUUCUAA